AUGUCUCACUGCUGGGACUACCAUUCAGAUGCGUCACUUGUCCGCGGUGGCGGCGGCGAUUCAGAAGGCCUCGCGAACACGGUUAACUGGGCAAUAAAGGAAUACAAUGGCGACGCAACGAAGGUGUUCUCAUUUGGCGGUUCCGCAGGCGCCAUGGAAACCAAUGUACUGGCAGCUACGUAUCCGGACGUGUUCAACACCGGCGCAAGCUAUGCCGGCACACCCGCAGGCUGCUGGGCCGGGUCGCCGGAAUCAACACCCUUCACUUCAGACCCGAGCUGUUACCGAGGCCAGAAGACCUACACGGCUCAGGAGUGGGGCGACAUUGCAAGGAAGUCUUACCCCGGUUACGAAGGUAACCGUACGAGAAUGCUCAUAGCCCAUGGCACCGCGGAACCGGUUGUGCCGAUUAUUCUCCUACAGCAGCAGUUGGAUCAGUGGAGCAAUGUGCUGGGUCUAGCCUGGACGAAGAACGAAACGAACACGCCUACCCAGGGCUGGACGAAGAUCAUAUACGGAGAUGGCACCCAGCUGGUUGGCAAGGUCUGCGACGCAUCGAGCUGGGCCGCAUACAAGGUCCACCGUGUCAAGAGGGAUCGACCAGUCCACGAGGAGAGCCAACAGACGAGUGGAGGAAUUGGCAAUUUCGAGACCAAGGCUGUACCCCUGAUACUAGAAAGCCAAGCAAGAUGGAACGAUAAGGUAGCCCGAAAGUCUCCAGUUUCGGAGUCAAACACAGCCGGAGUUCCCGUGAUGGAUCGAUUCGCCCCACGAGAUCCGCAGCGAAACGCGACCCCAGAGGAGGCUCUCAUCACGGCAUCCGCUGGCUCUUCCAUAUCCCAAAGCGGUCUGCCCAUCCGCUCGAGCCCGGCUACGACCGUCGAAUGGAUUCCAUAG